AUGGCCGAACACGCGGCAGCGGUACGCAGAAAUGACGCCAGCUCUCAAGUUACAGCUCAUUCGACGAGAUCCGGCCACACAUUCAAAUUCGAUGAGGCAAAAAUUCUCGCAAGAGGUGACAACCGCGUGAGCCGAGAGCUACUGAAAUCAUGGUUUACUGGCCCCCUGUCCAUCAGCAAGUUCAACGAUCUUCCAACUCCAUACUCCGUACUAAAACUUCGCCUAGGCGGAGUAACAAGCCCUGCUGGGAGGGCAGAGGUGAACACUCUUCCCAACACCGGGGUCGGUGAGUCAGAUGGUCGAGCAAUCAUCACGCCAAGAUCCAACGCACGUGAUAUAAUUGCAGCAAUUAUCGACUCGAAUGUCGGCCAUCGUGCAGUGAUCACACCAAGUACGACUAUCCCGGAUGAAUGGGGGAGCCGUGAAUGUUCAUAGGUAUGCGGUAGCAUGGUUACAACAUCCUAUAAAAAUCGCAGCCCCUUGUGCAGCAACCACCCCUUUCUGCUUUUUGUCUCAGAUGAUGAAUUCGAGUUGGAAUCAGAAACGUCAGGCUAAUAAAGCUUUUGUCCUAGCGAUCGUGUCUCCUUCUUCAAGACUACUUCCUGGGACUCGUCUCUUCGCUUCUAUUGACAAUGUUCGUCAUAAAUGAAAGGAGCAAACUGCGCGACUUUCAAGACCUGCUUAACGUUAUUUUCCCUGACAUACAGUUUACAAGGGAAUAAUAGCGUGUCAAUGAAGCUGCCUUUCCUUGACGAUCUGGUCACACACACAUGCACACCAAAUGGCGAACUUAGCAUUGUGGUGUACAGAAAGACGACUAGCACGACUUAGACUCUAAAUUACCAUAUUAAUCACACAUGGGCAGACAAGUGCACCUGUGUUAGGACACUGAUCUAAAGGGUACAAAAUCACUGCAGUAAGCCUGAGGGACGAGUACGAGAACCACGGCAACUUCGGGACAAACUGGCAAGGAUGGAUACCCGAACAGCUCGUAAGCCACUGCCGCCGCACGCACCCACGGCACACAAACGGAGGUAAGCCGUCAACACUCUGGCAUCCUCUACCAUGUAUAAAGAAUUUGUCCGAAGCGAUGGUACGUAUCGCUGAAGAGCUCGGCGUGGGUGUCGGUUGCUGUCCGACAGCGAAUUUGGGCAAAAAGAUUCUGCGAAGAAAGAACGACUAGAUGUGGGAGAUCAAUCAGUUGCAAUUUAUCAGAUCCCAUGUCUGAACUGCCCGCGCCAUUACAGAGGACAGACUGGACGACGACUUAGCUCACUAAUAACGGAGUAUAGACGGGCGAUCUGGCGAGGCAACCCGUUGUCUCAGGUCGCCACUCACACGCUGGCGGAAGGCCACGAAAUCAACUUUGCAAGCACGCGGAUAUUAGCGCGGGCCUGGGUGUCUGACACCAACUAUAUCAACAGGCACUUAUAUCACCCCCCUUCAUGGCUUGACUAUAAAACUGUCCAUUUUAUGCCGCAUUCUCACAGUCCCUGACGAUGGCAUCCCGUAUGAGACCGAAAACCCAGACUAGUACACCUUAUAUCCCUAGAGAUCGCGUGUUCAUUUUCUUCAUAUACGAAAAACUGUGGGAGUGGAAGCAUUACUUAUCGUUAGUCAUUUUUUGGGAGGUAUCGCCCUGGAUGACCGACCACGUGUACCAUCGACGGCUUCUUCUAACAACAUUAGUUUUUGAAAUUUUGUUUUCUGAUUAUCGCACUAGCUGCCCGUAGUUAUGCGGCACCGCACGUUGAGUCUUACAACGGAAUUUACUGCAAUUCCUUGAAUGUACCCAUUUAUUCCACGCGCGUGCUGCUCCACUCGUAAAAACCCCAUUACGACCAUUCCUGUAAGACACUGACUACUGACUAACGAUCUAGCCUGGGAUGCUACAAAAUAUCGUCUUUGAGGAGCUCCAUUAUGAAGAUCAUAUUACUACGCCAAGGCACCAUAGUCGCUACGUUCACAGCAUCUCCUCCUCGUACCUCUUAAACAGAAGCUUCACCUAGCUCGUUGUUUAGCGCGAAGUGCUAGAAAACUCCGCUUGACAGGUAACGUUCAGGUAGUGUCCUCGACCAACUCCGUCCAACAUGAGGGAGUUAAGUAUAGGCCAACAUCCGAGACCACCUUAAUGUAUAUUUACCCAAAUUACUCGUUACUUUGGUGCGGAUUGUAUUGGUUGUACGAGUGGACGCCUAUCCACAAGAAUGCAUGAACACCUGAUGGAGUGGCUGAGGAAAUGUGGAACUAGGGACAUACACAGAUCUAUCCACUGCCGGUUCCGGCUAAUCUUUUCACCCUACUGAAUGGUGGCACUUGCUUUGCCAAUUUGCAUCUCGCUGAUGCGUAUUUGCAGAUCGAGGUCGCCCCAGAGUCACGAGAAUUGUUGACCACCAUCUCCCACCGCGGUCUGUUUCAAUAUAUGCAGCUGCCCUUUGGUGUCCAGACCGCCCCAGCCCUAUUCCAACAAACUAUGAACACAAUGCUCUCCGGCAUCUCUAGCACAGCUGGGUAACUAAACAGCAUCAUCGUGGGGCGCUACCCUGCCGAGCUGCAAAACCGAGUGUGCGCAGUACUCGAACCUGUGCAAGAAUAUGGCUUCUGCCUGCGGGCCGACAAGUGCCAAAUCUUCCUCGACUCCAUCACGUACCUGGGAUUCGUUUUUGACGUCGCCGGUCACCAUUUAGAUCCUGAAGGCAUUCGGGCCAUCCAACGGAUGCCUGCCUCCAAGAAUGUAUCGCAACUUCGUUCGUUCCUUGGCCUAAUCAGGUUCUAUAGCUCCUUCCUACCGUCUAUGCAUGACGCACGGGCCCCGCUCAACCGUCUGCUGCAGAAGGAUGCUUCCUGGUGCUGGUUCUCCUUCUGCGAAAAGGCUUUUGCCCACCUAAAGUCGAUGUUAAGUUAAGAUCUGCUGCUCACGCACAACGACCCGACGCUGCCGAUCGUUAUUGCUUCAGAUGCUUCCAACCACGGAGUUGGUGCCGUCAUCUCACAUACUUUUCCUGACGGGUCUGAAAAGUCAAUCAUGCCUGCGUCUCACACGCUUACCCCUGCGUAGAAGAACUACGGACAAACAGAGAAAGAGGAUCUAGCCCUCGUGUUUGCCGUCAAGAAAUUUAACAAACUGUUGUGCGGUCGUCACUUCACGUUGUUGACGUAUCACAAACCAUUGCUUUCAGUCUUCGGUUCGACGAAGCUCAUUCGUGUCAACUCUGCCAGCCGACUUCAGCGAUGGGCGACCAUCCUUUUUGGCUACGAUUUCCACAUUCGCUACUGUCGUAAUACAGAAUUUGGUCAGGCUGACACCCUUACUGGCCUUAUCAGCAAUCAACAGGAACCUCCGAAAGACAUUGCGAUUGCGGCCAUUUCGAUCGAAGACGAUUUGCGCCGUCAGCUAUCAGACGCCAUACGAGGUAUCCCUGUCACUUCCGCGGACAUCCGACGUGCUACUGAAAAGGAUCCUGUCCUCCAUCGGCCAAUCACCUACGUGCAGACCUGCUGGCCAGCCACUACUCUUGCUGGCGAUCUUCGCCAGCUCCUUCUUCGCCAAGCAUCGCUAUUUGUGGUUGACUCCAGCCUCAUGUUUGCAGACCGUGUGGUCAUCCCAUCUUCCCUCCGACCCACUGUACUACGCCAGUUCCAUGCCGCUCAUCCAGGUGCCAGGCUAAUGAAGCCGAUAGCUUGCAGUUUUGCCUACUGGCCGGGUAUCGACGGUGACAUCGACGACCUGGUUCGACGCUGUUAUCGAUGUUAG